AAUGCACAAUUUUAUUUAGGUUUGAUGUAUUAUAAUGGACAAGGAUGUCAACAAUCAUUUGAAAAAGCUCUUAAAUGGUAUGAAAAAUCUGCAAAUCAAGGACAUAAUGAGGCGCAAUUUAGGUUAGGUUUGAUGUAUUAUCUUGGAAAAAGAUGUAGACAAUCAUUUGAAAAAGCAUUUGAAUGGGUUGAAAAAUCUGCAAAUCAAGGAUAUGAUGAAGCACAAUUUAAGUUAGCCUGGAUGUAUUUUAAUGGAGAAGGAUGUGAAAAAUCAUGUGAAAAAGCAUUUGAAUGGUAUGAAAAAUCUGCAAAUCAAGGUCAUACAAAAGCUCCAUAUAGGUUAGGUUUGAUGUAUUAUCUUGGAAAAGGAUGUAAACAAUCAUUUGAAAAAGCAUUUGAAUGGUAUGAAAAAUCUGCUAAUCAAGAAAAUGCAGUUGCUAAAUUUAAUUUAGGUUUGAUGUAUUAUAAUGGAGAAGGAUGUCAACAAUCAUUUGAAAAAGCACUUAAAUGGUAUAAAAAAGCUGCUAAUCAAGAACAUGCUAAUGCUCAAUUUAAUUUAGGUUUGAUGUAUUAUAAUGGAAAAGGAUGUGAAAAAUCAUUUGAAAAAGCAUUUGAAUGGUAUGAAAAAGCUGCUAAUCAAGAACAUGUAAAUGCUCAACAUGUAUUUAGGUUAGAUGUAUUUUAA